GCCACUUCGGCCCAGACCUGGCCGGAGCUGCCGUAACGGUGCCCACGUGGCUGGGCCUCUCGGGGCGCAGUGCGCAGCGGCCGACAGCGCGGGCCGAAGCAGCUCCGGCGGGCCCCACGGGGCGCAGCGCACGGCGGCUCGCCGCUCAGCACAGCGGCUGGCCGCAUGCGGCGGCGCGGCUGGCCCUGUCAGCUCGCCAGAGCAGCGUUGCUGCUGGCGCUGCCCUCCCCACCGCCGUGCGCGGGCGCGCCCCGCCAAGGCGGAGUUCGGAGGAGGAGGAGGAGGAGCAAAAGUGCCAGGAUCGAGGCUUGUCCGUCCUUUCCGUGGUCGGCGGGCCGUUUUGGGGCCCCCGGGCCGUCAGAUCGAUGUGGGGCAGGAUGGACCCAGGGAGGGGCCAUGGUCCGAUUUUGAACGGAUGCUGCUAUUUGUCUCGCGCUUUCGCUUUUCAGGGCUUCCUGGGGGGGCUCUCGUCGCCGCGGCCCGAUUCACUUGGCAGUCCUGGUCAGAACGCGACCCGGAAGAGGUCAAGAGAGCAGUGGUAUCGGUGCCUGUUCGUUCCGCCAGGAGCGGCCCCUGGGUGCGACGGCGGGCCACCAUUCGUCGGUGACGGCGUCGAAGCCCUCUGCGCUGGGCGGUUCCCAGCCCGAGACGCCCCCGAGUAUUCACGCUGGGUGGUGCACUUCUACGGGCGAGGCUGCAGGCGCUGCCGGGCUGCCGCAGAGGCGCUGGCGGGGGCGGCGAGGCUGGCCGUCUCCGCCCCCUCCGGGCGCGCCGCGCCGUUGCUGGGCGCAGUGGACUGCCAAGGUUCGGCGAACGAGGCGCUGUGCCAAGAGCACGGCGCGUGGAAGCUUCCGGUGGUGAAGGCGCUGGGCAGCGGCGCCCGGUACGCUGGCUCGUUCGAGGAGGAGGAGCUCCACCGGUGGGCGGCGGAGGCCGCCGGGACGCCAGUCCGCUCGGCGAGCGCCGUGCCCGCGCCGCUGUGUCCCGCCCACGAGCUGUACGACGAGCCCAGCUUCGCCAAGCAGUUCCUGCUGGCGCACAACGUUUACCGCUGCAUGGCUGGCGUCCCGCUGCUGGUGUGGGACUCGCGGGCUUUCGCCACUGCGAAGCGGUGGGCCGAGAAGGCUCCCGUGAACCGGCUGCAGCACAGCCCCGAAGCGCGAGGCAUGGGCCGUCUGGGCAACCGUACGGGGAGAACGUGGCCAACGGAGAGUGGCUCGAGCCCGGCCAGGUCGUGGCCCGGUGGCACGGCGAGAUCCGCAGCGUGCGCGGCGGACUCGGCGGCGCGCCGAGGCCAGACCAGGUGGGCUUGGGCCACUACACGCAGGUAGUGUGGCGGAGCACACGCCGCGUCGGCUGCAGCAUUGCCCAGGGCCGCCGCGUGGCCGUGUGCCACUACGACCCCGCCGGGAACGAGAAGGGCCGCAAGCUCACGCAGGUCGCGGCACCUUUGGCAGGUUUUGCAGGGAUAGACGGCGAGCUGCGGUGUGGAGGGCUCGUAGAGCAGAUGCGGGCCUAGGCCAUGGAGCAGACCGCUCCUGCUCCUAUUCCUCCUCUUCCUGCUGCUGCUCCUCCUUCUCCCUAGAGGUAGGAAGUAGAGCAGGUGUCCUCCCGCACUUGGCCCUUCCAAGCAUGGGGUAUCUCUCUUUUUCCGUGGCCCUAUGGCUCCCCAGGGGGCCGAAAGAGCUUAGAAGUUAGUGGUUGCAUUCGUAAGUAGCACCGAGUUGUUUUUAAUGCCAGCGCGUGGAGAUGCUUAUUUGAAUAACCUGGUGCUUAUUUCACGCAGCGCUCAUUUACGGCAAUCCCAUGCUGGGCGUUGUGUCGUUCGACAGCCCCUGCGUGCUUCGUUGAUUACGGCACUUUACAGCUGCUUUGGCACCUCCACCCGCGCGCGUGCUACGUUACGACUGUCGCGCGUGUUCGCAGAUGCGCACGGUCGGGAGGCAAAUCGAACAUACGGUCGCGCGGCGAAUCGCGGGACAAGUCGCGGGCGGGUCCCGGGCAUCAGAUAAUAACGUUCGUGGAGCGCGUGCGAGCUGCGCGCUCGCAGCGGCGAGCGCGUUCCUUUCGCUUGGCGCCUGGAAGCGCGCGUCUUUUUUGUCUCGACAUCCAGUUGUGCCAGCAUGUGUCGU